AUGGAGGGUGAUGCACCGUCGUUAUUGGGCGCCAGAGACUCCGGUGCAAUUCGUGCGCAGUCAUCCCUCGAGGAGACGGUGUCGUCGUCGUGGGUACUGUGUUCGCCUGGCGUUUAUCGCGGGCCCGCUGCGACAGGCCUGGUCUUCCACGUGCACACCUGUGAACUGUUCUGGCGCAACGACGAGCUCAAGCCGGUGCCCGACAGCAUGUCGCACUUUACUGACUUUGAGACAAUCCUCGGCCACGAUGUGCUGCAAUGCGGUCUCGUGAUGCGUCACAGACACCGUCACUGGGUGCAUGUUGUUGGCACACCGUUUGACGUCAUGGAAUGGACGGCGCCCAGUCCACUGGAUCAGGGCGUACACACCCCGCUUGUGCUGCAGGGCGAACUUCCAAAGGGCCCGGUGCUUGCGGCCUCCUACGACGGCGUCACGUUUAACCGCCUUGUCGACGUCUACGAUGAGGCGCCAUGGCCAGUGCGUGCGGAGCGGUGGGCGGUGGACCUUGUGCGGGCGGUGCUGCGGGAGGUGUUUCCCGGGGCCAGCAUGAAGUACUUUCCCGUCGCAGAGGCGCGCGACGCCGCAGCAGAGGAGCAGCAUGAGGAUGGUGCAGGAAGUGCGGUGCGGGUGAUGCGCUUCGUCAUGAACGAUGCCCCGCAGUAUGAAGAUGAGGACGAGCGAGCCACGUGGAAGGAGUUGAUUGCGUACAAGCAUCCUGCGCCACACUUCCACGUGUUUAACCUCGUCUCACACGGCCGCAAGAUGUACCGCUCCCUCGUCUUCACGUCGAAUCAGCGCUACUGUCUGCACAGCCUCGCACUGGUGAAGCGGCCGCGGGAGCGGGAACAGCUGUACCUCACGGCAUUCCAAGCCGGGGAGCUAACGCGGCGGGUGCGGUGUGAGAGCUGCAUAGAAAUUCAUCGCUACAACGCCCAACUUGAGGUGCGGGAGAUGUAUCUGCCGGCGCGGUUGCUCCAGGGACUGUUGCCCAGCGCACUCCUCGAGGCGUUUCUCUUUUGGCAGGACGAGGAAAAUGACACCGUCAUUCGUGGCUACAGCAUGGGGGAAACGCAUGACUACUGGUUCAACUACGCCUUGGAGGUGCGGCUGCGGCCCGGUAAGGCGGACUGCGUGGUCACGCGACUGGAAGGCGCCGCACACCGGAGCACGCGCGGUGGGGAACGACGCCGUGGCGACAGCUGUGCGACGGGGAACAGAGCACCUGCAGUGGGCGCAGAGGAGGACGGCGAGGACGUCAGCGAUGCACAGGCGGCGUUGCUGCGGAGUGCACUGACGCCCCUAUCGGACGCGACUUGCCGCUGGCUGCUGCGGCAUCUGCGCGGGGACGUUGCGGCGGCAAUUCAGUGGGCGUACGACCCGAUCAACCACGACACGAUUGCCGCUGUGGAGGCGAGGGAGCAGCAAAGCGUCACAGGGAAGGCGGCGGCGGAAGCAGCUGAACUCAUCCCGAAUGCUUCUGUGGAGGAGGAGGAUAUGCGUAAAGAAGGCACUCCGCUGCGGGGCUCGACGGGAGAGGCGCUGCAGGGACAAGAACUUGUGCUGCUGAGUCUCCUGCAGAACCGCACGCUUGCCCCGUUGCUGCAGCUGGUAACGAAGCUGGAGGACUGCUCACACGUCUUGGUGUGGGGCCGCGUUUUGUCGCAGCAGCCGCCACACAGAGGUGACGAACAGUGCGAGGCGGACGCUGUGACGAUGGCGGACGUCGUGUCCAUCGAGCUUCCACGACUUCGCGCGAAGUUUCAGCCACACGUUGACACCGCCACCGGCCACCUGCGUCUGCACCUCGUCGAUCACCCCGGCUGGUAUGUGGCCGAAGCCAAUGAUAUCCCACGCCGUGUGCGGCGUGGCGGCGUCGGUGACUUUUUGCGUAACCUGCAACGUCCGUUUCAGGAGUGCCUGACGCUGUGCAACGGCACCGGCGGGUUUGCCCUGAUGGUGCCAAACCACGACUUCACCGCGAUGCAGGUGCGGGAUGACCCAUUCAGCCCACUGCUGCUCUUCGACCGCUCCUCACUGCGUUGGCAGGAGGCUGUGGCGUCCCCGUUUUACGUGUUUGCGGUGCACCCGUGUGGAAGUUUUCUCACACCACCCACGCUCGGUGCCGCAUUGUACUACGCCGUUGUGCAGUGUGCCACACGCCACUACACGGGCGCGAUGCGGACAUUGGAAUCCUGUUACACAGACUGCGCCUUCAGCGUGGAAGAGGCGUUCAUGUUUGGCCUUAUGGAGCGGACGCUUCCGGACAAGUUUCCUGACGCCCACGCCGUGCGACUCAAGCUGGCACACGCCAUCCAGUACGGCCCACAGGAGCUUCCCUGGCCCCUGCACCUUGACCUUGCCGGAUAUUUGUGCAAGAAGCGGCACGUCUCCCAGGCAUGCCAGCUGACUCGGGAUGAGGUUCUGGACCUUCUCCGACGUUGUUCCAAGGCGACCCCCAUUGUUCGUGCCCAACUGCAGCUGUGGGCUGCUCUGGUGAAGGAGGAGCAGAAGCUGACACCGCCUGCCUUUGCGAUCUCUCGUGGUGUGGCGGUGAAGAUGAAGCCUCCGACGAUGAACCGCUGUGGGUACCCCUGGGAGCGCCUGCUGCUCUUCCCGUGGUCCCGUAUUGAGCCGCAAAGGCUUCGGCGCCUCACCUACGAGGCCCCUGAGGCGGACGAUCUGCAGGAGGAAGCUCUAGUGGAGUUUCUCUGGGCAGAUAAGUUGCUUCUCGAUGAGGAGACUGGGGCAAACAGCAAGUUGGGCUUUUACUUUUUGUACUGCUUAAAAAAUGGCCUGCUGACAACAAAGCUCUUUGGCGAGGAUGUGCAUGUGACGUUGGGGCAGCUACUCAGUCGGUGGUUUCAGCUGCGGCACGCCCGCUGGGGGCGGGAGACGCAGCUGGAUGGCGAGACGAGUGUGCAGCCGUCGUGGGGCAGCACCGUGCUGCAGCUGAUUGACCUUGUGCCCUCCGCUGGUUGGCCGGAAGUAGUGACGGAGACGCGUGUGCUCUACCGCAUGCGCCAGGGCGUCAACCUGACAGCGUCCACCGAAGCGCACGGAUUGUCCACGACGCCGCACGUCCUUGUGCGCCUCUACCAGACCGUCAAUGAUGUGGCGCGUGGGGUAUUUGAGAGGCACGAGGCGGUGCUGCGGCAGCGGGAGCGGCUGCAACGCAGUCAGGGUUUUACUGCCAGGAACAGAGAGCUGUAUGUUCGCAUGACGGACCAUUUGCAGUCACGUAUCAUUCCAGCGAACACAAGUAUGGAGCAGCUGCAGCUGUCGUUUCAUGCGCUGCCUGCGACCUCGCAGUGGGCGUGGGUGACGCAGAGUGAAGUGGAGGAGCAAACCACGGCAGCGGAUGUAGUGAAGAUGCGGGGGCGAGUGGCGGCCCUCCUUGGCGCACCCCUGGGCGAUUUGGAGCUGCUCUCCUCCUUUAUUCACAGCGAGCGUGCUGCUGCCAUGUGUGGCGAUAACAGCGGGGGUUUGCACGGUGGUGGCGGUGGCGAUGAGAACAGUGGCGGGGGGCGUUUGCGACUGCCGUUUGACCUUCACCAGCAUGCGCAGUGCGGCACUCCCCUUGCAAGGCACCUGCUAACGCGGCUUGAGGAGGACGCCGAUCGGUUUGCGCAGCAGCAGCGGCGGAAGGUGCACUACUUCCUCUCAACUCUCACACGCGAGCGCCUGCGCGUGGUUCUUUGCGACAGUCGUGUGACCGUCGUCGAGGACAUACUCAGAACGUCGGCGGCGGAGCUGCAGAAGUGCAUGGCAGCUCUCUCCAGCGUAAGCACGGCGGAUGCGGCAGACGUGCUGGAGCUCACCGCGUCGGCUUUGCGCCUUGCCAAUGAUAUUUGCGUUCCCGCCAAGAGUGAACGCGACAACGACGCCAGCAAUGACGAUGCAAAUGAUGACUAUGACGUUGUUGGGGCGCGUGUGCGGGAGUACCGACUGCAACGAAUGCAAGGCUGUCGGUCUGCCGUUCCACUGGAGUGGCUGCUGGGCGCCUUGCUAAGCAGCGACAUGGCGGCCGACUUGCGGGCGGCAAACCCGUUUCAUGGGGAUAUCGAGCAGCUAAAGGCGGAACUUGUUCUCUUGAUGCUCCUCGCCAACCGUAGCUACAUGGCGCAGCAGGCGAAGCAGUCCGUGCAAGAGCUUGUGCUUUUUCUCGAGCUCUGUGCACGCAUCCGCGGUGCAACCCUCGGCGAAGGUGAUAACCACGACCUGGGGCCGGGCGCAGGCAGCAGCCGGGCACGACUGCAGGAGCUCUUGCGGCACUUCUCCGUUGGCGUGGACGUGAAUGCAUUGGGGUGGGGCGGCAUGCAACCGACGAGCGGCGGUGACAGCAGCGGCAGCAACAGAGGUGGCAGGUUGCGCGUCUUGUCGGAGGACGUGGUGGCGUUGUUGGAGGGGCGAAUGCUGCAGCUGGAGAACGAGACUGUCGAGCUUCUCAACGCCAGGCGGCACUACGCCGUGGUGGGCGGCGCUGCGGCGCGGGACGCGUUCUCGCUGGAUCCGCGCUACCUUCUGUUUGAGUUCCUGCACAACAUCCUCCUGCGUGCCCGCCAGGUGGAGAUGGUGCGGUGGUUCGUCGACAACGCCCGCGCCGGGGUGUCGCGGGUGCAGCAGAUGAUCAUGGGGCAGGGCAAGACGACGGUCGUUGGCCCGCUGCUCGCGCUGAUCCUUGCCGACGGGGCCCAGCUCGUCACGCAGGUGAUGCCAACUGCCCUACUGGAGCAGACGCGUGGGAUUCUGCGUCGCUGCUUCAGUGUGGUGGUGCCGAAGCAAAUUUACACCCUGCAGUUUGACCGCGCCUUCGACGAGACGGACGCGAACAGCGUUGCGCUGCUGCAGCAGAAGCUGGUCGCUGCAGCAAAGACGCGCGCCAUUCUCAUCUCCUCCCCGGAGUGCAUAAAAUCCGUCUUUCUCAAGGCAAUUGAGCAGAUGCACCUGAUUGCGACGACGCCCACAGAGGAGCUGGACGCCGUGCACGGCAACGCCGACGAGCGCGUGGCGGCCCAAGCACGUGGGCUGCUUCGCCGCACACAACAGCGCUCCGCCAUGGCGGACGCCAUCACACCCAUCAUUCAACUGUGGCAGUGCGGGGUGCUCAUCAUGGACGAGGUAGAUGUCCUGCUGCACCCGCUUCGCUCCGAGUUGAACUUCCCCAUUGGGCUGAAGCACCCCAUUGACUUGAGUGGCCCCCGCUGGACGUUGCCGAUUCACCUGCUCGAUGCAGUGUUCUUUUACCAGCGCGGCCGAACAUCUUCCGCGGCGAUGACUGGCACGACGGUCUUUGACGUUUCACUCACCCGCGACACUGGACGAGGGCGUGUGGGAGAACUUCUCCCAGAGGAGGGUGGGGAAUUGGAGGAGCGGCACAACCUGCAACAAACGCUGCUGCAUGCGAUCCGCGAUGCCAUUGGGAAAGGGUAUGAAACGCGGGCUCUGCAGCGGGAACCGCAUCUUGUGCUGCUGGACCACGCGUACUACCAACGCCUUUUGCUCCCGGCAUUGCUUCCGUGGGCGCAGCUCUGGCUGUUUCACGAGAUCCAGCGGGUGAGCCGGCUUGGCCUUCACGCAUCCACCGCAUCGUUUGCAGCCACAUUGAACUGGCAGUCCUUCCUUGCAGGCACAACCGAGUUUUUGCUUCAUCCCGUGCGCCCUGACCGGGAGAGUGCUGUUGGGUCUGCCAUAAAUGCGAACUUCAGUCCCUUUGCGAUUCAGCUGCUGUGCCUUGCCCACGACUGGCUUCACCGCCUUCUUCCGCACGUCUUGGCGAAGAUUGACCGUGUGGGUUUUGGCCUUCUGCAGCCACAGGACAUGGACACCGUGCCGGUGGAGGAGCGGGAGCGGAUGCCGAUGAGCCGGCGUCUGAUGGCGAUUCCGUUUGUCGCAAAGGAUGUGCCCAGCCGCAGCUCCGAAUUUGCCCACCCCGAUGUUGUGAUUGGGCUAACCGUGCUGGCCUUUCGCUACGAGGGCAUGCGCUUCACCGACCUCAAGGCGUUGCUGCUGCAGUUGAAACAGGACUUUGCACGACAGUCAGGGCCGAAGGAACAUCGCCCGGCGGCGCGGCUGUACCACCACUGGCUGCGUCUCAGCGUGUCCGUCGAGGUGCAGGACGGGUGCCACACCUCACACAACGUGGUAGCACCAUUUCCAGUGGCCGCUGCAGCAGGCGUGGGAGCCACAUUGCCGUUUCACACGCCAAGAAACGCCUCCACCCACGAUCGUUCAGGCAUUCCACUUUCGCAGCUGCAGGUGACGGAUGAGGUGGCGAUACGCGCCUUACACCACCGCCUCCGCUACCUGCCAGAGGUGGUGCACUAUUACUUAUGCUCCCACGUCUUUCCACGCACGAUGAACUUUCAAGGCAUGAAGAUCAGUGCCUGUGGACACGAGCUCGGCUCCUCCAUGCUUUUUACGAGGCGCCUUGGAUUCAGUGGGACGCCCAGCAACCUUCUCCCGCGUGACCUCGGGGAGUGCUUCUACGAGCCCGGCAGUGAUGGGAGGGUGCUGUCGGUCCUCACCGACCCGUUGGUUGUCACCACAGAGGUGCUGCCGCUGGAUUGGACGCCGUCGCGGGUGCUAGACCGCAUCGCCACAGCCCAUCCCCCAUAUCACGCCCUCAUCGAUGCUGGGGCAUUGAUUACAAACAUGGAGAACGAGGAUGUCGCCCGGUACCUGCUCUCCAGGCUGUCCCCCGCCCUCUUUGACGGUGUUGUGUUCCUUGACAGUAAAGAUCGGCAAAUGAUCCUGCAGCGCAGCAACGGACUGAAGGUUCCAGUGGCGCAGUCUGGUGUAGCGCUCACGCGGCGCUUUACGUUCUUUGAUCAGGUCCACACAACAGGGACGGAUGUGAAGCAGGCGGCAUCGGUCACGGCGGUGGUGACGCUGGGGAAGGAUCUUGUCUUCCGCGACUACGCACAGGGAGCCUACC